GAUCUAAAAAUGGCGUUCACCAUGCGUAGCCUGGCUGCCAAGCCACAGGUCCAGCGGGCCGCUGGAGCUCGCGCUGGCCGCACCCUGACGGUGCGCGUCCAGGCCUAUGGCAUGAAGGCCGAGUACAUUUGGGCCGAUGGUAACGAGGGCCGCCCUGAGAAGGGCAUGAUCUUCAACGAGAUGCGCUCCAAGACCAAGGUGUUCGACGAGCCGCUCGGCCUGGACGCCGCCGAGUACCCCGACUGGUCCUUCGACGGCUCCUCCACCGGCCAGGCAGCGGGCAACAACUCCGACUGCAUCCUCAGGCCCGUGCGUGUGAUCUCCGACCCCAUCCGCGGCGGCCCGCACGUGCUGGUGAUGUGCGAGGUGUUCGCCCCCGACGGCACCCCGCACCCCACCAACACCCGCGCCAAGCUGCGCGACAUCAUCGACGACAAGGUGCUGGCUGAGGACUGCUGGUAUGGGCUGGAGCAGGAGUACACCAUGCUGCAGAAGACCACCGGCCAGAUCUACGGCUGGCCCGCGGGAGGCUUCCCCGCGCCGCAGGGCCCCUUCUACUGCGGUGUGGGCGCCGAGUCGGCGUUCGGCCGCCCGCUGGCCGAGGCGCACAUGGAGGCGUGCAUGAAGGCCGGCCUCAAGAUCUCGGGCAUCAACGCCGAGGUGAUGCCGGGCCAGUGGGAGUACCAGAUCGGCCCCGUGGGCCCCCUGGCGCUGGGCGACGAGGUGAUGCUGUCGCGCUGGCUGCUGCACCGUCUGGGAGAGGACUUUGGCAUCGUGGCCACCUUCAACCCCAAGCCCGUGCGCACCGGCGACUGGAACGGCACCGGCGCGCACACCAACUUCUCCACCGCCUCCAUGCGUGUGCCCGGCGGCAUGAAGGUGAUUGAGGAGGCGGUUGAGAAGCUGUCCAAGACGCACAUCGAGCACAUCACCCAGUACGGCCUGGGCAACGAGGCGCGCCUGACCGGCAAGCACGAGACCUGCGACAUCAACACCUUCAAGCACGGCGUGGCUGACCGCGGCUCCUCCAUCCGCAUCCCGCUGCCUGUCAUGCUCAAGGGCUACGGCUACCUGGAGGACCGCCGCCCCGCCGCCAACGUCGACCCGUACACCGUGGCGCGCCUGCUCAUCAAGACCGUGCUCAAGGGCUAAACGUGCUGGCCACGCGCGGUUGCGGCUGGAAGGACGUCUAUGCGUUGUUGUUCCUCGCCUUGGUGGAUGAAGUUAGUUAGUCUGAGAGCCUUGAGAGUGAUCCUCUGGAAGCUGCACCUACAGCCGCACGUCAUGCAUGUCAUGGAGGGCUUGGGUGCGUGCGGUGGUAGAGGUGCGGCGGUUUUGUUGCUGGAGGGUCAAGGAGGGUGCUAAAAAGCUGACCACACGCUCACAAAGUGAAGUGCUCACGAGUGGGCGUGGACAGGGGUCAGCACGGCACCGGCGCGAGGAGAGAUUUGCGUUUGGUAGAGAUGGGUAGUGAGGAGGAGAGGAGAAUGGUUUGGAGUGGGGUGCCGGGUAUCGAGUGCGUUCGUAGGGGCACGAGGAGGUGGUGCGACAGGAUUUGCUUGCUACUGCUUGAAUUUCCCCUUCUUGCGUUGACACCUGUGUAGUCUGGCCCUGAGAGAAGGGCAUACGCGGGUAUCGCUCAACGUCGCUGUUUCCCUUGUUGCUAGAGAGCUGCGUGCAUCAGAACACUUGGUCGUGCCUUCCGUUGUAUGAACACUGGAAAAGGAUUUUGUCUGGAGGUCUUGACUCGCUGCUUGCUACGUCCUGCUCGCUGGCCCGCACGCCUUCCCUGUGUAACCUCCCCUCACGUCCA